CUCCAACCGUCUCCAGAAUGAUUAGCUAAACGUAGCUUAUAUGUUGUGCAUUAUUUACAAAUAGUUAUAGCUUGGAAACAACAGCUGGCGCUGCUCCUGAUUGGAUGGUGAGAGUGUCAGGCUGCGCGUGCCUCCGCUGUCAUUGGUGCGGCUGAAGUUGAGAGCAGCUUGCUCGUGCUGAAGUAGGAAGAGGACAGCGGGCAGCCAGCUAGCGUCCAUACCACACACACACAUCAGCCCUCUGCCUGGCCUUUUAAACAUAAACCAGAACAAAAAAACAACAUCUCCUUCGGUGUUCAGCAGGAUUGGGUCUUUAAAUCUCCGGUGAACGGUUUCGAACAGAAUCAGCAAUACAGGCCGAGGAUGGAGAGCAAGCGGCCAGGUGGAGCAGAGAGGGAAAGGGCACGCAAAAGGAAAGCCCUCCAAAAAGAAGCAGCGAAAUGUAGCAAAAUUACUGAUCUGUUCAAGGCUUCAAGUGCAGGUGGCGAGAGUCUUCCUGGCACUAGCUUUGGUGCAGUGGUCACACUUCAGGGUCAACCUGAGAUGACAGGUAGAGAUUCUCUUGGAAAGCAUGUGAUGAGCCAAGCUAAGAAAAAGGUCUCCCUCAACCAGAGCUGUGGCAAGGGCUGUAACCAUGUAGAUUGUUGUCCCCAUGGUAAAACCAUGGGUAGAGCUUGGCCUGAGCAUUGUCUGAAGGAGGCCAAGGCACUAAAGCAUACAACCAGUAGAGACAAGCAAAAGAGACGACAGCGCAUGGAAGGAUGGCUCCAUGAUGUUUGUAAGACAGGAGCCCAGUUAAAAAAGGUCAGGACUCUGAAGGUCGGGGCCAAAAAAGGCAAGGCAAAAGUGUCCAAGAAAUUGAGGGAAGAGCGGAAUAGGAAGCUGUACCCACUACGACGGAGAAGUAACAAAUCAAAAGACGAGGCCUUAAGUUGCCAUGUUCUGCUCACCCGCCUGGAGGGGAAUGCCUUUGAACAGGACAGUGAACUGCAGGAGGAGGAGGCAAAUGCAAUUUCAAAAAGAAGUCGGCAAAAAAAGAGACGCAAACCCAACCAAAAGCUAGUAAACACCAAUAAAUCAUUACAUAUACCACCUAAAACUAAAUACGAAGCAAGUACUAGUACAAUUAUAGCUCAGGAGCCCCGUAAACGCCGGCUUGCCUCUCUUAACGCCGAAGCUGUCAACAGCCUGCUGCUGGAGAAAACAGAUGUACCGCUAAGCAGCAAACUCCCUAAGAAACAGCGCCAUGAGACAGCACCUGUUUUUAAUGAAGCAGAUGAUGCAAAUAUUUGCUCCCUGUCAAAAACUGCUGCUCAAGCCCACAAGACUGAAAUGUGCCAAAACCACAAGAAGGCCAAGAAGAGCAAGUCAGAGGAAAAAGACGACAGCGAUCUUACACUGAGUCUGUACACUCCUACUCCUAGACGCCUCGCUGGACUCAAUGCUGCUGCUCUGCUGAAGCUCACAAGCUCCACUACGGGAAGUAAGCAGCGAGUAAAGACGGACAAUAAAGGUAUUUGCGCUGCAGGGAAGCAGACCGCAUGCUGUAAAUCCCAGGCGCAGCUGCCUAAAAAACAACAACUCAAACAGGCUUUACCUCAGGGUGGUGGUGCACCAUGUAAGAGCAAGGGAAGUGAGUCUAAACUGAAGUGGGAAGGACCUGCUGACUGUCACUGCUUAGCCAAACCAGGGUAUCAUUCUCAUGGCUUGAUGGGAUAUCCCAUUAAAAUGGUCAAAGAAGAGCAAGUGGAAACUGAGCUUGGUCCAUGCUACUGCUGUUCUACAGAAGGCUCAGUGGAAUACUGUCUGGCCCACCCAGCCCUCACCCUCAGUGCCCACCCAUGCCUGUGUGCAGACCCCUGCUACUCUAGUUACUAUGUUCACUUUGCAAAUCAUGGGCCUCGUUCAGUUUGCGUAAGUACGCAGCCACUACCUUGUGCACACAGCUCCAUGUGUCCCAGCAGGGUCCCUGCGUCAAAGCUGCUGUCCUCCUCUGUCUCCCACGCCUCAGGAAUCUCACACCCUGCCUUCUGCAGUUCAGUGCGCCCUCCGUGCUGUAGUGAGAGCUGCAGAGUUGGCAGUUACACUUUCAGCGCUAUGCAGCCUGUCACCAGCAGGGCGUGCUCUUAUGCUACAGGCUGCUCCAGCUGUAGCCAUCCAAUCAAAACAGAAGGCUACUCUUCACCUCAAGGGGAUCAAAGUUCCUCUCUGCUCGUUCCACCAGCCCUGCCCCUUUCUGGCUGUCCGUUGCCUAGACUAAACCCAUCCUCCACGGUUCUGCCACGUCUCCUGUCCACUCUUUCAGACAACAGACAGACAGAGGUCAGGCUUCAAGGGCCAAGAGAAUGCCCUCAAAACACCAAAACACCCAAUGGCUCUAUUGGUGCAAGACCUACAAAACUGUCACAGAAACAGCCAGCGCCCUGCCCAGCAAGUGCCAAACAACAGAAAAAAGUACAUCGCCACCGCACCACAAACGGCUGGCGCCCUUUUGGAGAACCCACAGAGAAAGAAGUCUAUAUCGCGGGGGAGGACAUGACAGCACUGCGACAGUGUUACGAAGGAGUAGAACGAGAUGGAGAGGUGAUUCGGGUCAGAGACACGGUGCUGUUGCGCUCCGGACCACGAAAGAAAUCCUUACCCUAUGUGGCGAAGAUAUCAGCUUUGUGGGAUGACCCUAAGACAGGAGAGCUGAUGAUGAGCCUGUUCUGGUACUAUCGACCAGAACACACACAGGGAGGAAGAGAUCCCAGCAUGCACUGUGAGAAUGAAAUAUUCGCCUCUCGGCAUCAAGAUGAAAACAGCGUGGCCUGUAUUGAGGACAGAUGCUAUGUUUUACCUUUAGCACAGUACUGUAGAUUUUGUGCCUUGGUAAAGCGCCGCUCAGAGGGUGUGCCCGACAGCGUUCCCAUGGUGCCCCGGCCCUCUGACAGUGCUGUCCCCACUCACCGACUUGUGCCCGACGACGUUGAUCCUGAACUGGUUUACCUAUGCCGCCAUGUCUACGACUUCCGCUUCGGCCGCAUACUGAAGAACCUGCAGUAAGGGUGCGAGCCUGCGUGCAGCGUGUGCACACACACCUGCCCCUCGUUAAUGAUGGAAAGCCUUCAUACUAAAAAGAUCCCUGUGCAACCUACUGGCCUUUUUGUUCUGAAAAUCCUGAUUUUAUUGUUGAAAACAUAAAUGAUCAGUUUUCGUUAUUCUUCGCUCAGGAGGGUAGACCUCAGGGAGGUCUGGGGCUGUUGGACAAGGUUUAUUUUGAAACUGUCUCCACAUUCCCAGAGUGGCAGCGUCUAAUCUAAAGCGAGUGCUGUAGAAGAACGAAAAUGACAGCUUUAUUGAGUUCUUGAUUAGAUUUUUGGAAAUUCUCUGUAGAAAUGUGGUUUUUAUUUGCCCUCCCAUUUAAACGUCGGAAGGGGUUCUAUAUUUCUCUUUGGCGAUUCGUCUUGUACACUGGACCACGACACUAGCAGGGGAAAUUAGACGAAGCUGCCAUUUCAGAUUCAGAGUGUAAUCAAAUGCAAUUUCUUCAAAGUGUUGCUGAAAUCGGCUCAAACAGAGACCUUAAGAUAAUCUAGCGCUCCUGUUUAGGAGAGUCGGACUAUUCGGAUGAAAAAGAAAGAGGGGGGAAAAAAACGACAAAGUAGACAGACAUUCUUGUUUGUGUUGGGGCAAAUGCUUUCCGUUCCUUUCUUUAUAUGGGACUAAGUGUAGUAAAUUGUAUCGUUUCAUUGAAUGGGCAAAGUGACUCUUCAGUCCUCCAAUGAAAUGUCUGCAAGAGUAGACGCUCGUCUUUUUCGUUCUUCUCACGUUUUGUUUCAUCACGUGCAGGCCACUCUGUAACGUUCGUCCUUUUCGUUCUUCUCAUGUCUUGCUUUACGACAUGCCGGUCACUCGGUUGGCAGCUAGUUUUGACCGAAACCUACAAGAAUUGAACUAUACUAAAACCAAAGGUCAGCUCAGUGCUAAUGUCUGUCCUCACUAACUAAGCCCCCGAAGAUCUGUGCCCUAGAACUCCAGGGUAGGAGAAGCUGACGCUUGUUUUUUUUCAAGUCAAGAUGUUUGAUCAUGUAUCGAGUAGAGAUUCCUAAGACUUAUUAUUAAUUUAUUUGACACAUUGAUUUGAUUAAAAUCCUGCAUGUAUCCAUUUCCCCUUGCGUCUAGUCACCCUAGUGAAAUUGCACUAAUCCCAUUCCUUGGUUUUUCUUUCUCCCUCUGCCACCAAUUCAAUUUUACAUUUAGGUCUUCCUUUCUGAUUCUGUCACCGCCGUUCAUGGCAGUGAUUGGUUCAGCAAGGAAGUGCACAGGAACGCAAAGGAUGUCUUUUUAUAGAAUUUUUUUCAUUUAUAGCACAACAAAAGAAUAAACAAAUAGCUAAUUCUAACAAAAGGAAAGUCAUACUAUUUUGGCAGUUCUUUUUGUUAAGUUAUAUGUCCUCUCGUCAACGUACACGUGUGACGUACCGAUCUAAAUUCAGCUUUUACACCUGUUAAUAAUUUGCUAUCUCUGAAUCAGAGUGAAACCGAUACCGUCGGUUUCACUUGCGAUCUGUUUUGGUUUGCGUUCCCACUACACGUAAUUAAACAAACCAAAAAGCUUUUGCGAUAUUGAUUUAACCUUGGUCACGAUUUUCCUUUUAAAAAUGCAACCCAUUGACUUAGAAAAGACAAGAAAACGUGCAUUUCCAUCCUCGCUGGUCGAAGAAUAGUUUAGGUAUGAUGAUAUGACCAGCUGUGCAAUCGUGAAAACUCGGGUGGACGGCGGAUUUUUGUGUGAUUCUGCAGUAACACACAGUAAAUAGUUAGAAAAAAAGAAAAAGCCAUAACAGUACAUUGGGAUAUAAUCCUUUAACAAAUCGGUUGUCUAACGUUCAUGUGGCAAACAUUUUCCUUGUUAAUGCUGCUCAGUGCUCUAAUUUAAUAACCUGCUAUUUGACACUUCGUUGAAGGCCUAUGUAAUGUUUUUGGGUCAAAAUCUUCGGUUGUUUGCAUUUCAGCCAAAACCUUUCAGUGGCAAUCUUUAAUAAACAUAGUAAACAGAUGUCAAAUAUAUACUCCUCUAACGUUAAUAAUGAGGAAGGGGGCCGCAAGUCAUUCCCGAUGAAAACAUCGAUUGACUCGUCUCCCAUUUUAUUGGGGAGAAAACACGUACUAGUGUUCCUUUUCCUGCUUAUGGAAGCCUCUGUUCGCUGAGAGCUCGAGGGUUGGAGCACAUUAAACCUCUGCCACUCUGGGGAAUUUUCAUAUCCGGGGUUUUUCUCUUUAUAACGACGAGUCAGGAGAGAGUGUGGCAAUAUUCCAGUUUUACUUCCACGGACAUAAACACAAGAAAAAUAUGCCAACUUGGAAAAGGAAAAAAAAAAAAAAAAAACUGCCAUCACACACACUCACAGCCCUAACCCCCACCCCAAACUACAAUACCCACAAUGCAGUGCAUCUAAACGUGAACCUUCUACUGUCUAACACUAGCAUACGGCAAUGUUUUUGUGGAGCUCCUAUGCAAAAUGAGUAAUGGCUGUCAGGUCUGGUAAUAUAAUAUAAUAUGCGUCUUGGUGAUGUAAUAUCGUGUAGGGAUGAUCUCACACAAGCCAGCUGAAAAGUGUGUAAGGCUGAAAACGCUUUCAUUGACUGGUCUGAAAUAUGUCGAUUUAACAAAAAAAGUGCAUAGUUACCACAGGAAUCCUUCACACACGAAAGGCGCUAAAUAAAUGAUUAGGUAAUUAUAUGAAUAAAUAGUUUCAAACGUUUUGCCUAUCACAUUAAGCAGUUUUUUUCCUUUUUAUUUGUCAGGAAAACAUCCAGAACACAUGGCAUUUCUGCAGUGCUACAGCUCUAAACGCCGCGUGUGUGAACGCACUCUGCUCCACUAUCCGUUGAAGCUUUUAUUGUCCUCUAAACCUGAAUUCUAAUGACUAUGUGAAUCUAAUUGUGUUGGUUGAAUCAGGGCCUAUGUGCUUAGAGAAAAAUCUCUUCUUAUAUCUAAACAGUAGUGACCUCUAAGCUUUUGAACAAAAAUGAGUAAUGAUUAGCACUUUUUAGAUUAGCUAACGCUAGUUUAUUUGAAGUAGUUGUCAGUGUUUGAGCUUAAGAUUAGGAAUGCUUUUGGUUUGCAUUUUUAAUGCUUUACCCAUAAACCAUAUCCAUUAUCAUAUAUGAAUUAUUGACAUGUUGAACUGUUGUACAGUGGGAUCAGAAUUUCUUCAGUAAGGUAGCUUAGAUGGCUUUCCAGCAUUAUUAUUAUAUAUAUAUAUAUCUAUAUUAUAUAUAAGUGUAUGUUCAAUGUGUGUGAAAUACCCUGAAGCUGUUUUAUUCCAUUGUAUCAUUGGCACAGAUUUUGCUGCAGUUAUACCUUGAUCAGCAGGUCUUCUUUAAAACAAAAAUAGAUAUAAUAAUGAUAUUGUGGUUAAAAUGAAAUGAGGUUUUUUUUGAUCCCACAUUCGUUUAAAAAAAAAAAAAGGGAAAAAAAAAGAGAGGGAAAAAAAAAGGUUUCUGUUUUUCAAUUUCUCCUGCAAACAUGAGAUAUUUUAUUAAGGCUAUUUCUAAAGGUAGAAUAUGCAAUAUAUUUUUGGGACUAUUUUUGAGGAAUCUACUUAAAUCAAAUUACUUCUAUUGUUUUAACCGAUUUAACAAUCGUUUUGAUGUGAACUAUAAAUUGAAAAUAACCAAAUAGGCAUACGCUAAAACAUGGGCAGUGUUCCAUUUUUUUUUUUUUUUUUUUUUUUUUUUUGGUUAGAUUGGAAUCCAAAGGUGUGGACUACUCGAGAGCCGUUCAUGUAGAAGAAAUUUAACUGUACAUAUCUUGAUAUUAUCGAAGAAUCACCCGAUCAUGUUUCAAAUAAGACGAAAUGUUGCACAAUACAUUUUUAUGACUUAUGAGUAACUAUAUUUAAAGACGUUAUUUAACAUUGAGUAUAGAAACGAUAUAGAUAUCUAUAUUUCAAGUAAACAAGUCAUCUUGGUUUUAAAGUGUUUUGAAGUGCUGUUGCAAUACUUGUCAGUGAAUGCCAUACUUUUUUUUUUUUUUUUUUUUUUUUUUUUUUUUUUUUCUUUUAUAAAUUAUGAAAUCUUUGGUGAAAUGAUUAAAAACUGAAACUGUUGUAUUUAUGGUGUACUGGGCAUCAAGGGUUAAAGACCAAAGCACACUCUUCAACUGGUGCCCCUUUAUGUGUAUAUUGCAUCUACAUGGGGUUACCCUGUACAACACUGCAGAAAGACUUUCUGUCACAAAACCAAUCAGACAGGUACUUGAAUGAUCUGUUUUUAAGAGUCAGUUUUGUAGUCUCUUAUAAUAUUGAUUUGACAUGUGGCCUUUACCCAUUUACUAUGAGUUGUCUUAGUUUGAUUUACAGGAAACGGGCCAAAUAUCACUUAAUUACACUUGUACAAGGAACUUGUUACAAACAUGGCAGGAAAAGUAAAUGAACUUGAGAAUGCUGUACUAUGAAUACAUUUUUGAACAAGAACAGCAGGUGACCGAAGAGUCACGACACUGUUCGUUUGGUCAUUGUGAGAUAGUCUGCUGUUUUUUUUUGUUUGUUUGUUUUGUUUUUUGUUUUUUGCGUUUUUUUUUUUUCUUUUUAUCUUUCAUUUUCAUCAUAAAGCCUGUGCUCUUGAGGUGUCCUGAACACCAGAUGACCAGUCUGUGCCAGGAAGGCCUCUCGAGUGCAACGGCUCCUCAUGGAAGCCUCUGCAGCAAGUUUUUCAUCACAGUGGUCAACUUACCAGAUUAUCAGGAAAUUCAGACUCAAUCCUUUUUGCAAAUAUUUAAAAAAUAAAUAAAACUUCUAUAUGCCAAUUUUCAUAAGGAGAUUAGAUUGUCUAAAUUGAUUUAUUUACAUUCUAUGUAAGUGGUUGACCAUUUUGUUGCAGUAAAAAUUGCUGAUAUGCUUUUGUACGAUUCAGAAUUCUUUUUAAAAACCGUGACCAAAAAAAAAGGUUGUUUUUUGUUUUUGUUUUGUUUUUCGUUUAAUUCCUUUACCCUGACCAAUAUUACAUUUAAUGUUUGUUUGUGUUGCUAGUUUAUUGCUUACUGCUAACAUAUAUUUUGAUAGAAUAGAACAGUGGUUAAACAGAGGUUAUUUUUAAAUGGGGCCGGGGGGAUGUGUUUUUAUCAGUGUCGCUAGGUCAUGCACUUUUUUUAAUGACAACAAGAAUCCCUGCUGAUUAUUGUCAAAUGAAAGAGUAUUUAUAAAAAUCUUUUGUUAAAACCUG